CAAAAAUGAAAUACACACAUGUAAACCAUAUACAUACAUUGUGUGUCCUCAAAUAUAACUAUAAAAAGGCUAUAUUUGAGAGAUUCAGGCAUAAAUAAUUUUUCAGCAGAUACCACUGACAAAAUACACUGUUGAGAGAUUUUGAAUCAUGCAAAAUUUACUACUACAGACACUAUGUUGCCUACUGCUCCUAUUAUCUGAUAACAAUGCAAGUAAUGAAAAUGGUGAAAACAAGUUAGAUACUCACUAUGAUCUGAAUUCAACACUGGACAUAUACGCAGAGUCAUACCGGGAAGCUGUGGAUUAUAAAUUUCGUAUGACUGAAAUUCAGAAAUUCAAAGAUCGCCGGAAUUUCAAAACAAUAAUAAAACCUGAAAUCCUGAGACUUGAACACCUUUAUCAAAGUAAAUGGGCGAAGGAAUUCCUCGAAUCAAUCGGUGCAGAAGAUAAGAAGCUGGUGGAUUUUUCUACUGAUGAAUACAGAAAGGCACUGGAAAAAGAUACCUCUUUUAAUUACGCAGUUCUUGCUAAUAAAGGAUUAUACAAUCAGACGAAAUUGCAUAUUUCAAAGAAAUGGGAAAAUCGAAAAAAUCUCGAUAUUGCAGAAGCCAAAUAUUUUGCGAAGACAUCAGGCAAUUUGAAGAAAGACGAAGUUCAAAUUGAAAUGAUGAAGAAGGAAUUUAUGGAAGCAAAGGAAGCAGUGAAAAUAUCCAAAGAUAAGCUUGAAUGGCUGGAAGAGGCAGCAGUCACUGCAACUCAUCAACACAGAGAUAUUUUAAAAUAUUUCCGAACUUCGGAGAAAAGAAGAUCUAGAACUGACAUAUUGUAUGCUGCUAGAGUAAACGAAGUGUAUCAGAAGGCUCGUAUUAAUUUUGCCAUCGGCACAAAGGAACUAGGUGAAAAAAUAAAACUAUUGGAAAUCAAGAGGAUUGAAUUUUUGAAGUGUAAGUUGAAAUAUUGA